AAUUGAAACACCUGAAAUUUUUAUAACAACUUGCUUUGCAUCUUUCAACUGAUAAUAUUCAAAUAUAAUAAUUUCAAACAAUAAUAUUUUCGAAAAUCCUACCGAAACGUCGAGUCGGCUUAUCUUCUGUUAUUACUACUGAUUCUUCUCUAGAUUUGCGCGGCAAAUCCUUCACAUGCGCAAUUUCCUUUCAAUUCCAGAUUGACGAGGGAUUUACUGAUAAAAAAUUGUAAUAAUUGUGCCUUUCAAGUUUUUUCAAUAAUUUCAUCGUCCAAUAGUCCUUUUGCUUCAGGGAGUGAACAAAUUACGAAAAGAUCGAUCAUUAAAAAAAUAAAGUAAAUUUCUUUGAUAAACAUAAUGAUUUUUUGGGAAUUGUCAUUUUUUAAUAAAGAUUUAGCUCCGUUAGGAGAAGGACUGUCUUAAAAAUUCAGUCAUCAACGCCGACAUUCCACGAUGACUCACAUCUGUCGGGUGAACGUACGUCCUUCCGAAGAAGCACCACGAUAUCCCCCAGAUCCCUACACUCCUGGUAAGACACGAGGCUAGCCGAUUGCUACGGUAUGACCACGACCAGCUGAUUUUGACUGGUGCCUCACUGCCUCCUCGUCAGUUCAGCAAUCAGUAGCAUAAAGUGCGCCUCGACCAGUCGGACACAGAAAUCACCCCGAAGUGGUCACCAUUUGAAACAGUCCGAUGUGUUUUCCACUUCACCCAAAUUCAGAAAAACCGAGACAAUCCACUGGUAAUAAUCAUCUGGUGAUAAAUGUUGAAUGAAAGCUGCAGCUGCAGUUGUGUCAGGAUUCCCCCACUGUCUGGUACAGCUGGACAAAAGCCACUACUGAAAAUCCUUUGUUUCUUGAUGACUGAUACAUUGGUAUGAUGCACUGGACCCCGAGUCAUUCGACUGUCAGUUGAUCCCGGACAAGUGGUCAGUUGAUUGGACAAGGUGAAGUGAUUGUUCUUCUGGUUAUUACUUAGUUGUUGGACCCUGGGGUUAUGGUACUGUUGCACUGGAUACCCACUGUCGUCCUGGAAAGAUAAGGGUCACAGAGAAUGGGCGAUAUGAAGAAUCUCACGCUGGGUAGUGUCUCUAGGUACAAUGGCGAAGAGCAGGUCCAAUUCAUCGCUGAGGGCUCCCACCAGGUGACAAUUAGAUCACCACCUCCAGCUCUUCACCUGGAGAACCUAAACAAUGCAGUUCUCAGUGGCUCCCAAAAUAAUCUUCACUGCAGUUGCAAUGGUACAUCAUCGAAUGGAAAUGCAACUGGCUGUGCUACCGGUGGUCUUGCCCGAAAAGUUCAGAAUCACACGGGCAUAAGUCCUGGCCAGGUGAAUAAAAAACCAGUGGUGGCACUGACACACUUGCCAAGAAGACCACCAGUCGACAUAGAGUUCAAAGACUUGGCCUACAGUGUCUCCGAGGGCAGACAAAGAGGAUACAAAACAAUCCUGAAAUGCGUAACUGGAAAAGUGAGAUCUGGAGAGCUGACGGCGAUAAUGGGGCCCUCGGGAGCUGGCAAAAGUACUCUCAUGAAUGUACUUGCAGGAUACAAGACGUCAAACCUCAACGGUUCGAUCCUGAUAAACGGAAAAGAGCGAAAUCUCCGUCACUUCAGGAAGACGUCGUGCUACAUAAUGCAGGAUGAUCGGCUUCUGCCUCACCUGACGGUUCACGAGGCAAUGACAGUCUCAGCGAAUCUCAAACUGGGAAAGGAUAUAGAUGCAGCUGGAAAGAAAGUCCUGAUCGAGGAGAUAAUCGAUACCCUGGGUCUGUCAGAUGCGAGCAACACGCAGACCCAGUCACUGAGCGGUGGCCAACGAAAGCGAUUGUCCAUUGCUCUGGAGCUGGUGAACAAUCCACCAGUGAUGUUUUUCGAUGAGCCAACGUCAGGCCUCGACAGCUCCUCCUGCUUUCAGUGCCUCAGUCUUCUCAAAUCCCUAUGCCGAGGAGGCAGAACGAUAAUCUGCACCAUCCACCAGCCAAGUGCGAGACUCUUCGAGAUGUUUGAUAAUCUCUACCUUCUCGCUGAAGGUCAAUGCAUUUACCAGGGCAAUGUCCACGGUCUAGUACCAUUUCUAUCGUCAAUGGGACUCGAUUGUCCCAGCUACCACAAUCCAGCCGAUUUUGUUAUGGAAGUGGCAUCCGGCGAGCACGGUGAGUGCGUGGAGAAGCUGGUGACAGCUGUCAACAAUGGAAAAUGCAACAAUUACCAGAAUUAUCAGACGAAUUUCCUGACACACGCCGUUUCCAAUGACAUUGCCAAACAAUCACCACCGGAUGGGAUCAAGGAGGGAAAACCUGAGGCCCUUAUACCCAAUGGAGUGUCCAAAGGACCACCUGGUGCUGUUAUCAACAUGCCUGUCUCUUGCACCACUUCCCUGUUGGACAGUGCUGAGAGCAUUGAGCAGAAGGUCGGCUUUCCAACCAAUGGCUGGACCCAGUUCUGGAUAUUAUUGAAGAGAACAUUCUUGUCCCAAAUGAGAGAUAUGACGUUAACGAGAGUGAGACUGAUAUCUCACAUUAUCGUUGGAUUUUUGAUUGGUGCUCUCUACUACGAUAUUGGUAAUGAAGGAGCUGAGGUUUACAGUAAUGCAGGCUGUGUCUUCUUUACUGUAAUGUUCUUGAUGUUCACCGCGAUGAUGCCAACAAUUCUCACGUUUCCUAUGGAGAUGUCUGUGUUCGUAAGGGAGCAUUUGAAUUACUGGUACUCGCUGAAAUCGUUCUACCUCGCAAGAACUAUUUCUGAUCUACCAUUCCAAACUGUGUUCUCGAUAGCCUACGUCAUGAUUGUCUACUUCAUGACGUCUCAACCAUUGGAAACAUAUAGAUUCUUGAUGUACCUCAAUAUCUGCGUGCUGACAGCACUAGUCUCCCAAUCCAUUGGAUUGUUAAUUGGGGCCUCAAUGAGCGUUGAGAGUGGAGUGUUCAUCGGUCCAGUAUCAACAGUCCCUAUAAUCCUCUUCUCUGGAUUCUUCAUAAAAUACACAGCAAUGCCAUCGUAUUUGAGCUGGCUGUCCUAUCUAUCGUUCAUUCGUUACGGUUUUGAGGGAGCAAUGCUAACAGUCUUUGGAUACAACAGACCACGAUUGAAAUGCCGCGAGGCUUACUGCCACUACAGAGAGCCAAAGAAAUUCCUCGAGGAAAUGGCAAUGGAUAAAUCAGCCUACUGGCUCGAUGCCGUUGCCCUCCUUUCCAUGCUCAUUCUCCUAAGGUUUUCCACGUAUUUUGUACUCAAACUGAAGAUAAGAUCGCUGCGCUAGGGAGUACACUUGCCACGAACAUAGGAUAAUCAAAUUAAAUAGGUGAAGAAGUUAUGAAAUUUUAUGAGCCCAGGAAUUUCGCAUUCUCCAUCUCAUAUCUCGAUAACCGCUGGGUCUAGAAUAAAAGUCAAGGGAACUUUUUUGUGGAAGAAUUAAUUUCCUAUAAAAAAUGUUUCAUGAGAUUUUCUGGAAAACCGAUGAUUUCGGAGAUAUUUGCAGGAUAGUGGGGGCGAUGUUAGCAGAAUCAAAUUGGAUAGAUGACGAAGUUGUGAAAUUUUACGAGCCCCGGAAUUUUGCAUUGUUUCUAUCAUAUCUCGAUAGCCGCUGGGCCUAGGUGAAAAGUCAAAGGAACUUUUUUAUGGAGAAAUUAAUUUUCCAUAAAAAAUGUUCAAUGACUCUUUAGUCUAGGUCUGAUAGUUUGUGAGAUAUCUCCGGGUUAGUUAGGACUUUCGGUUUGGUCGAAUGAAAAAUUUCAGGUCUAUUUGAAAAGGGUGCAGAAAUUCCUCAACGGUUCGUUUAAUUUCACUAUUUCAUUGCUGAAAUGAAUGACGGAGCAGACAAUAAGGUCCGUAGACGUCAAUCAGCCAAAUAGUGCGUUUCAAACAACAAUCGAGAAACAUGGGAAAAAUCGAAGAACAGAUUAAGACUGAAAAAUUAAUUAUGGACGUGAGAUAUUUCGAGAGGAACAAGAAACCAUUGGAACCA